UUUACCCACUUUUUAAAGGAGGAAACAGAGUCACAGAGCUGGUGAGAGCCUGCACCCAGUGCUCUUUCCACACCAGCCACCCCCCUAUGUAAACAAGGACAUCAGAUCCCCACACUUUGUGGCAGGUAGAACCAAAUGACUGCAGUCCUGAGGUCUGUGGCACACCAGGCUGUGGCCAGAGUCCCUGCCUGUGUGAAGAGCACCCUAUUAGAGGAGGAGGACCUAGCACCAGCCAUUUUCCCCCUUCUCACACCUGCACAGGGUGAUAAAGCAGAAUUAGCCUGCAGCUGUGGUCCAACCAGAUAAAACAUUUAGGCGGGAAGUCAAGUGACAAGUGAACUUGUGUGUGCGUGUGUUUAAGUGUUAGUUACUUUUGAUAUUUUAAAAAAGCUCCUAAGCUGCUUGUGGAAGUCAGACUAAAUAGCAGGAAGGUACUGCGGCAAGAUGGAUUUAGGAACAGACCAAUCUCAUGUGAAACUCCAUGGGACACCUGCUCCUCAUCAACAAGAGAACCAUGCUCCAGAAGUCAUUGGAACUUGGAGUUUGCGAAACCGGGAGCAACUCAGAAAAAGAAAAGUUGCAGCAGAAGAAAAACAAACUUCCCAGUGGCUAUUUGGAGAACAGAAGAAAAGCAAGCGGCAGAAAACAGGAAAAGGAAAUGAAAGAAGAUGCAGAAAGAGACAACAAACUGCAGUACUGAAGGUGGAUCCUGAGCCACAAAUAGAAAAGGAAAUGACAGAGAAAGCACUGGUACCUACAGAGCGAGAAACUGAGCCUCCUGGGAGUGUAACCAAAGCCUUACCUCCUGGAACCUCCCAAGAAAAAGCAGUGGCUGAGGAAUACUUUUCUGAAACAUGUCAAGAAAGCAUUAUACAUCAGAAAAAUUCUUCUGAGUACCAAGAAACAGGGGCACAAAAUCACCCUUCUGAAACACACCAAGAUAUAGCUGAACCCGAAGACUUCUCUCCUGAAAUGUGCCAAGAAAUAGCUGUACUUCAAGACCAUCCUUCCAAAAUGCACCCAGAUAUGGCUGAACCUGAAGACCUUUCUCCUAAAAUGUGCCAAGGAACAUUUGUAGUGACAGCCCUUCCUUCUAAAACAUCUGAAGAUACAGCUGGCCUAGAAGGAUGCUCUCCUGAAGUAUACCCUAAACCAGAUGUGCCUAAAGGCUACCCUCUUGAGACAGACCAAAAAACAACUGAACCCAAGGAAUGGAAUUCUGAACCAGAUCAAGGUACAGCUGAGAACAAAAGCUUCUUUCCUAAAAUACAAGAUACAGCUGUGCCUGAAGACCUUUCUACAAAAACAUACCAAGAAACAACUGAACCUGAAUACUCCUCUCAUAAAACAUAUAAAGAAGUGACUGUGCCUAAAGCCCCAUCUCCUAAAACCGUCCAAGAAACACCUGGGCCUGAAGAACAUUCUCCUGAAAUAUACCGAGAGAAACCUGGGCCUGAAGAACAUUCUCCUGAAAUAUAUCAAGAAACACCUAGAUCUGAAGAAUAUUCACCUAAAAUAUAUGAAGAAACAUCUGGUCCUGAAGACCUCUCUACUAAGACAUGUGCAAAUAAAAAUGUGCCUAAAGAAUGCUUUCCAGAGCCACACCAAGAAACAGGUGGGCCUGAAGGCCAGGAUCCUAUGGCACACCAGGAAGAUGCCAAGGAUUUUUAUACUAGUCCUCGAGAAAUCAAAGAAAAACCCAAAGCAGAAGAACCAGGAACACCAUCAAAUUUGAACAGUCCUCAAGAGGAUCACCCAGAAAAUGACAUCUAUAGCUAUGUUUUAUUUUAACAAUGCUCAGCCAUAAUAGUUACCAUCCAAUGGAAUAUACAUCUCUACAACAGUCAUUACAAUUUUAACUUAGUCGUUUUUCCAUUUAUAGACCAUGUCUGAACGAGAGAACUAACAUGGUUUUUUUAGGCUCUGUUACAUAGACAGUAUCUUGCUUGUGUGUGUGUGUGUGGUGAUGAGAAAAGCAAAAAAAAGGGAAGGAGGAGGGCUGAAUAAUUUCCCUCUCCCUAAAUAUUAAUGGUAGAUAAUUGAUUAAUUCUUAACAUUUAAAAAAUUUUAGAAGUAUAUAGUUUUCUUGUAAACUUUGUUCAAUUAUUAAUGUAACAAUAACAUCAAAAUUUUAUUCAGGUUUUAGUUGGCUCUUUUAGUUAAUUUUAUUAGCAAUUUUUAUCAUUUUGGUACAUCUUCAAAGAUAAUCUUAGAGGGAUGAGUGUAGUUUACUUUUGUAUUUGAAUUUUGAUAUUAUAUUUUAACUUUUUAAAUAUUCUAUUUGUGCAAACUGUAUAUUAAAUAAUUAUUACAUGCUUAACUGUGUGGAUGGCAUCAUGUUAAUCACUGGGGGUUAGAAGGCCUAUAAGACAUAGUCCCUGCUCACCAGGAAUUUAGUCUAGUUUCAUGGGGGAAUAAAAUGGAAAAUAAAUAAUUACAAAGGUAAAUAGUAAAUGCUAGCACGCUUUGAAUAAUAGAAACAAUAAAGGAAAUGCUCACUUUUUGCUGGAGUGACCUGAAAAGGGGAGUCUUGAAAUGUUGUUUUAGUCAUCUAGUGCUGCUAUAACAGAAAUACCACAAGUGGAUGGCUUUAACAAACAGAAAUUUAUUUUCUCACAGUCUAGUAGGCUAGAAGUCCA